CAAAAACUCCACAGCUGUCCGUCCCGCGACCGCGUCCAUCGUCGCAAUCCCGAGUUGCCCAUCGCAAAACGGGGGCCACGCUUAUUGUUGAUCUGUUUGUCCCCCCCUUUUUUUUUAUUGACCAAGGAGGCAAAGAAGAAUAAGCCUCUUUACUUUCCCCCUAUUGAAAAAGAAUCUGCAACAAAAGUCGGGCCCCCGAUGUUCGGCACCACCUGAUCCCUCCUCAACCAUGUCAUACUACUUCGCCAUCAUCGGGACGCAGGACAACCCACUGUUCGAGUAUGAAUUCGGCACCUCCAAGCAGGGCGGCGACGGCAUGGCCCGGUUUGCCGAAGCGUCGCGCCACAUGAACCAGUUCAUUCUACACAGCAGUCUGGAUAUCGUGGAAGAGGCGCAAUGGAACACCGGCCAGAUGUAUCUGAAAUGCGUCGACAAGUUCCUUAACAGCUACGUCUCGUGCUUCGUCACCGGCGGCAACGUCAAGUUCCUCCUCCUCCACCAGCCCGUCAUCGUAGGUCAGCAGACGACCGCCGCCACUCGCAACUCUAUCGCCGCGAACCCGACGAGCGCGGCAACCGAGGAAGCCAUCAAGAGCUUUUUUAUGGAGGUCUACGAGAACUGGGUGAAGGCCAUUAUGAGCCCCUUUUACAAAGUCAAUAUGGAAGUUAGGAGUCCCAUCUUCCGCGCAAGAGUUGCUGCCGCCGGGAAGAAGUACCUCUGAGAGGUGGAAUGGAAUAUGAUGCCUUAGAAACGUGCCAAGAUCGUGGGAUUUGUCGAGAGGGACAUGGUGAUAUGAUUAUAUUCAGUGCUGGCUUUGGUUUAGCUACCUACUCGACUCGUGUACAGGUGCAGGUUAAUGCGUGGUGCUAUCCACCUAAUAAGCAUGACCUGUGGAACAAGGCUCAACACAAAGAGAACGCAAUUUGUUUUCACAGAUAAAUAGUCACAGAAAUUCAAGAUACCCUUUUCUGCGUUUCAACCAAGUCAAUCAAUCAAGUGAAUUAUAUCUCGCGCUAACAUUAGACAUUGGCGGGUCUUUGUAGGCAUUCCAACACGCUGAACAUGAAACAGGUCAUCAAAGUUCCAACCUCAGAACCAGUGGGUAUUCAUCUGUUGUUUAUUUGGUGUGUUUCAUAAUGACGCGAAGGCCAAGAAGUCCUUCUUCGAUUGAUUCCCUUGUGAACCGGUAAAAUAGUUUACCAUCGCCGUAACGCCAGUAGUCCUGUAAUUGCCCAACCCGAACGCGAAAAAUGCAAAAAACGACAUGCUCGUGAAUA